AUGCACCUGAGAGGAAACGGGCUUUUGGAAACCAUCGAUAGUUCAAAAACGGUGUCGGAUGAGAAAAAGGCUAAAGCCAUGAUAUUUUUACGACACCACAUCCAUGAUGGUUUAAAGGAUGAAUAUAUUACGAAAGAGGAUCCUUGUGACCUCUGGAAAUCUUUAAAAGAGAGGUUCGAUCACCAGAAAUAUGUGAUCUUACCGAAAGCUAAACACGAGUGGAUCCAUCUCCGGUUCCAGGAUUACAAAAGUGUUAGUGAGUUUAAUUCCGCGAUGUUCGGAAUUACUUCGAGGAUGAUGUUAUGUGGAGAGAAAAUAAGUGAUUAUGAUAUGAUCGAGAAAACUCUCUCCACGUUCCAUCCUGAAAAUGUAAUCCUGCAACAACAAUACCGAGUGAGUGGAUAUACCCGUUACUCGGAGUUGAUGCAAGUCCUCCUUGUAGCGGAGCAGAAUAAUCAACUCGUGACUUUAAACCAUCAAGCUCGUCCCACUGGAUCUGCUCCAUUCCCUGAAGCGAAUGUUGCAUCAUCCAGUUAUGAUAAUAGGAGAUGA